AUGGCGGAAAAUUAUGUAAGAGUUAAUUUAUAUUGGGGUGGGGAAGUUGUGUACGAAGAAGGUUCAGUUAGAUAUAACCGUCGUCCGGAAGCCGUACAACGGUUUCCAAUUUCCCUCAAAUACGAUCGUCUACAACAUGUUUUCAUAAGCAAAAUGGCCAUAUCUGAUCCAAAUCUUUCGGUGGUUAUCACUGGACGAUAUCAAACAUCAAUUACAGCUAGGGGAUUUCCCAUUUACGAGGAAACUCUUAUUUCGGACGAUGACUCCUUAUCGUUAUUUCUUCGAAGUCCUGAUAUAUUUAGCAAUCAUAUCAGUAUAGCCACACUUGACAUGUAUGCAACUGUUGAACGCUCUACUAAUGUUGGAGCACCCACUGACGAUGAGUUUGAUAUUCGGGGUACUACGUAUCUUCCCGCUAUGAAUAUUGGGCUUCAAAGAGGUACACUUCAACAAGAAACAAUGGUAGGAGUUGGUAGCCAGUCACAUAACUUUGGUUGGACUAUGCAGAGCUGUGAUAUUCCUGGACCGAGUAGUGCUCCAGAUACAACUGAAUUAGAUGGCGGGAGUAUAGUUCGAUAUCACCCUACUCAAGUAGAGUCAUUUACAGAAAGAAAAGCACAAAAGGGGCGUAAGAAAGCUAUUGAAAUGGUAUUUGGUGAUUUUGAAACCUCUUUCAAGACAUUGCCCCGAUACAUGGCUGCCUUAAAAUAUUUCAAUCCGGGGACCGUUGUUGAGUGGGAGCACCAAUCAACUACAAUGCAAGGUGAACACAUCUUCAAGUUUCUGUUCUGGGCUUAUAAACCAAGCAUCGAUGGAUUCAAAAGUUGCAGGCCUGUCAUCUCAAUAGACGGUACUCAUCUGUACGGUAAGUAUGAGAUGAAACUGCUAAUUGCUGUUGGAAUUGAUGCAAACAAUAACAUUUUUCCACUUGCAUAUGCUAUUGUUGCACGUGAGAGCUUUGAGUCCUGGACGUGGUUCCUUGUGUUGUUGUGGAGACAUAUUGUUCGUGAGAGACAAGGAAUUGGACUUAUUUCUGACCGUCAUCAAGGAAUCUUGCAAUGUGUCCAAACACAUGAUUGGUUACAACCACCAUCCACACACCAUAGGUUUUGCGUUCGGCAUUUGAAAAGCAACUUCAAUAAAAAGUUCCUCAGUAGUGACCUUGAGAAGCUAAUGUGGUUGGCGGCUACAGAGCACCAGAAGAAGAAGUAUAAAAUGAGGAUGGAACAAAUCAAAACAAUGUCAUCUCCAGCGUAUUUGUGGUUAAAAGCUCUUCCGGAGGAAAAAUGGACAUUGCAUAAGGACAACGGUCAUAGCUAUAACAAUUGA